CGUAGUUUGUAGGCGGCCAAUUCUGUCUAUUGUGUUUAUCUUGAGCUCUCUUCAGUUAUUUCGCGAAUGGAUACAGCUUUGUCGUUUAAGAUUAUUACACCUCCCUCGAACAUGGACUGGAAUACAACUUAAGGAUUAGUCAGCUUUGCUCAAAUGUGAAAAUGAACAAAGGGUGGCUAGAGCUCGAGAGUGAUCCAGGUCUCUUCACUUUGCUGGUUGAAGAUUUUGGUAUCAAAGGUGUUCAAGUAGAGGAAAUCUAUGAUCUUCAAAGCAAAUGCCAAAGUCCUGUCUAUGGCUUCAUCUUCUUGUUCAAGUGGAUUGAGGAACGUCGCUCACGGAGGAAAGUCAACACGUUGAUGGAUGAGACUUCUGUCAUUGAUGAGGAAAUUGUAAAUGAUAUGUUCUUUGCUCAUCAGCUUAUACCAAAUUCAUGUGCAACCCACGCUUUGUUGAGCGUGCUUCUGAACUGCAGUGGCGUUGAGCUUGGUAUCACCCUGAGUCGCAUGAAGGCUUUCACAAAGGGUUUCAGUCCAGAGAGUAAAGGUUACGCAAUAGGAAAUGCCCCAGAGCUUGCCAGAGCACAUAACAGCCACGCCAGACCGGAGCCCAGGCACCUGCCAGAGAAGCAAAAUGGGAUCAGUGCCGUGCGUACUAUGGAGGCCUUUCACUUUGUAAGCUAUGUGCCCAUUAAAGACCGCCUCUUUGAGCUUGAUGGACUGAAGGCUUACCCCAUUGAUCACGGGCCUUGGGGUGAGGAAGAGGAAUGGACCGAUAAAGCUCGGCGAGUUAUUAUGGAGCGAAUUGGGCUGGCCACUGCUGGGGAGCCGUACCAUGACAUUCGCUUCAACCUCAUGGCAGUAGUGCCCGACCGCAGGAUGAAGUACGAGUCCAAACUAGAAAUUCUAAAAAGAAAUCGACAGACUGUUCUGGAAGGUCUACAGAAGAUGAUCCGGCUCACUCAGCCCGAGCUCGUCCAGGACAAGAAGCAGCAGGAGUCUUCCUCCGCUGACGAUAACACCACUGCGAUCAAGAAAGAAGCCAAUGCGGAGCCAGUUACAACCCAAGGGGCUGAUCAAGUGGAUGAGUCAGGAGAUCAGUCUAAGAAUGCUGCUAGGCCCUCCGGAAAGGCUACGGGCAAACCACCAGUCCCCCCAGCAGGAGGUUCCCAGCAAAUCACCAGUCCCAACCCCAGCGUUCAGCGGCUGCCUGCCUUCCUGGACAACCACAACUAUGCCAAGUCUCCAAUGCAGGAAGAGGAGGAUCUUGCUGCUGCAGUUGGACGCUCUCGUGUGGCAGGGCUGCCCAAAACCCAGUACUCUGAUGAUGAAGACGAUGAUGAAGAGGAGGAGGAGGAGGAAGUAACUGGUUCUGCAACCACAUCCAACAGGUUUAGACGGAAGGCAAGUCUGCGAUCGCGACCAGUACGGGCCGUCACUGGCAUGGAGAGCCAGAUCGCCCUCACUGUGUUGGCUGAGAAACUGAAAAAGGAAGCCCAGAAGAAAGAUGCCCUCAAUACACCGCUUUCUGUACGCACAGAAGGGCGCACGGGAGGCAUUUGCAUCACUUCUGCUUCACAGCCUUCCCCCACACCCAGCAACGAGAGCACCGACACGGCCUCUGAGAUCGGCAGCGCCUUCAACUCCCCUCUGCGCUCCCCCGCACGCUCCCAGGCCGCCACUCGCCCGUCCAGCCCCGUUGCAUCCCAUCUGUCUCGGGUGCUGUUUGGAGAAGAUGAGAUGCUCAGGCUAGACUCCAGACAUAACCGUGCCGUAAGAGAACUGGGUCCUUCUGUCGGGGCGGCCUUGUUGCACCUGCAGGAGGAUGGAGUCAUCUUUGCUCUCCCUCCAUCUGAUGUGGCAGCUGAUGGCUCAAAGCGACCUUGCUCUCCGGCGAAGAUAAAAGACGAAAAGGCAGACGUUUCAGCGGCAGAGAAGGAAGGCGUGAACGAGGCAGACGAGGGGCCGUCUGUGGAGAUGAUAAAAGAGGAGCGCAAAGAGGGGGCAGAGGUGAGGCCCAGCAAGGAGAAGCCCACCGCUACGGCAGACAGCAAGCCCCCUGGGGAUAAGUACUCUCCCAAAGAGCUGCUUGCACUGCUCAAGUGUGUGGAGGCCGACAUUGCCAAUUAUGAGGUGUAUCUAAAGGAGGAAGUAGAAAAGAGAAAGAAAUACAAAAUUGAUGAUCAGAGGAGGACCCAUAAUUACGAUGAGUUCAUCUGCACCUUUAUUUCUAUGCUGGCCCAAGAAGGCAUGUUGGCCAGCCUUGUGGAACAAAACAUUUCCGUGCGUCGUCGUCAGGGAGUGAGCAUCGGCCGGUUGCACAAACAGAGGAAGCCUGAUCGCAGGAAACGCUCCCGGCCGUAUAAAGCCAAGCGCCAGUAACGUCAAACAAUCACAACUUCUGUAAGAAACUCAGCAAUCACCACAGGGAAAACAAAAUCAAAUCAAUCCUCAACCUCUCUCAUAACGGCAGUCUAGGGUUGUAUUUUAGUCCAUGUCUCCUCUCUUUUAUGAGAUCAACCACGUGUUUUGUUAGUUUAUCUCAUUUAUGUAAAUAUGUACCACCAUUUUAUUCUCAAUGUACAUUUUCUUCCUCCUUGUACCACUGCUAUGACUGUUUGUAAAUAUGAAAAAAGACAUGUUCCCAAUGUUGGGUUGAAUAUAUUUUCCUCUUGGAAAGUAUUCAUUACUAUUGACUGAUGUAUGGUCAGUUUAGUACGUCACGGAAUAUUCAUUUUGGGAACAAUUAGUCGAUAUUUCCUCAACUGCAUCCCCGACCUGUGUUUUUAUGGUGCCAAUGAAGCAUUGAGUGUUCUGAUAAAAGAAGGCCUCUUGUUUUAUUCCUCUAUAGCAUUUCGGUUACAAUCUGUUCCAUUUUCAAUUUGUAACAUAAAACAGCAUCUUUGAAUCAUAUUCUUAAAUGGUUUUUUUCAACAAUAGGUCACUCCGGCAAAUAAAAAAAUAAACAGUCUGUUAUUUUUGUACUUGAAAUGGAUCUCCAAGUGAUUGCAUAUUAGGGUGGAUGUGGGAUCUUGUAUGGUUUUGUACAUAUGUAACUGUUAAUUGGCUCACCUGUACACUGAGUUCAAUUGAUCUGUGUGCUUGCCAAUUCAUACUACAAUAAACUCAAUAAAAUGUCUUG